AUGGCCGAACCUGAAGUUAGUCACGGUCGCGGAGGCGCUGGAAAUAUUGGAGCUGAUUCCACUCCAUAUGUAGAUGGUGAAAUUGUUCGCCAAGGACCAGCGGGAGAUCAUGGUGAUGGAGCAUUUAGCGUCGGUCGCGGAGGAGCCGCAAACAUCGGUUCACCUGGUCUCCCGGCUACUAAACGUAGCGAUGCGGAUAGCAUUCCAGAAGCUGCAUUAAGACCCAGUACUGAUGGUGAAAAUGUGCACUUUGGGCGAGGUGGUGAGGGUAAUGUGGUUAAUACGACGAAGCCGGGUGUAGAACAUCCAAUUGGAUUGGCUGAUAAGUUGAAGAAUAAGUUGUUCAAGAAGAAAGCUCAAUCUACCGCUAAAUGA